CACUCGCGGGACUUUCUGAACGGCGUGGAGGUUUGGCGGUACAGCGGGUUAUCAUGGACGGCGUGUCCGUGAUGAAGGUCGGUGCUGCGGCCAGCGCCAGUGUCUGUGCGCUGUUCGGCGGCGUGGUUCUGGCACAGUACAUUGUUGCUAAGAAGAAAAGAGCAGGAAAGAAAACCAGAAUCAUAGAAAUGAUGCCUCAGUUUGAGAAGACAACAGUCCACAUGAGGGACCCUGAAAGGGUCGAACAGAUUAUCUGUGGUCUAAUUAAAGGAGGAGCUUCCAAAUUACAGCUCAUCACUGACUUUGAUAUGACCAUUAGCAAGUUUUCUGUCAACGGUAAACGUUGUCCAACAUGUCACAAUGUCAUCGAUAACUGCAAGCUCGUGACAGACGAAUGCCGACAGAAGCUGCUGCAGCUCAAGAAUAAAUAUUAUCCAAUUGAGAUCGACCCUCAACUGACUAUGGAGGAGAAAUACCCAUUCAUGGUGGAGUGGUAUUUUAAGUCUCACACACUACUCGUGGAACAGCGGCUACAGAGAGACAAACUAGCAGAGAUAGUGAGAGAGUCUGACGCUGUACUCAGGGAAGGCUGUGAACAGUUCUUUGACCGCUUACAUUAUCACAACGUGCCUGUGUUCAUCUUCUCUGCUGGUCUCGGCGACGUUUUGGAAGAACUCAUUCGUCAGGCAGGCGUCUACCACAACAAUAUCAAGGUCGUCGCUAACUUCAUGGACUUCGAUGAAAAUGGCAUCGUGAGGGGUUUCAAAGGGGAACUGAUUCAUGUGUACAACAAACACGAUGGUGCCUUGCGUAAUACAGAGUACUUCAAGCAACUGAAGAAUAACUGCAACAUCAUCCUGAUGGGCGACUCGCUGGGGGACCUCAGCAUGGCAGAUGGUGUGCCCAAUAUUGACAACAUUCUCAAGAUUGGCUUUCUCAAUGAUAAGGUGGAGGAGCAUCUGGAGAAAUAUCUGGACUGUUAUGAUAUUGUUCUGGUGAAGGAUGAAACUUUGGAAGUGCCCAAUGCCAUCCUCCAGAAGGUUCUAUAACUGUGCUUUUCCUCAUUCACAUUUAUUCAUCUCUUCCCAUCAGCCACUCCCCUCCACCCAGACUCAUUGGACUCUAUAUGCCAGCCGAAAAUCAUUGUCCGCCAUUGCAGCUCAUCCUCUAAAAGCCUCUUAAGGCUUUUUCAUCUCUCGGUUGAACUCUUUUUAACGUUAGUGCUGCAGUAUCACCCUGUUUUUACUGUUUUCUCUGUUGGUAUCAAUUUCUUUUUAUCAUUUUUACAUUCUUUCUGUCUUUUUAUUUUUAUUUUUUAAAUGGAAGAUGGUAAACAAAAUUGGUGAGGGACAAACUCCAUCUGUGUAAUUGUUACAGUUUUGUUACCAUUGUUAUUAAGAUUAUUUUUGAUAUGGUAUACAAAUUUACCAUAUCAAAAAUAAUCUUAAUAACAAUGGUAACAAAACUGUAACAAUUACACAGAUGGAGUUUGUCCCUCACCAAUUUAGUGUGACUGUGCAACUGGUCUCUUCCUAGGACAGUGUAAAACUGUGGCUUGUCAGCCAUGAAGCAUGCAUCUAAAAAGUUACCUUAGCUUUAUUUACAGAAGUCCCAGCACUGAUCUGAAAAGUGGUAUCACACCUGAUUUUAAAGUGAAUGAGUAUAAAUUUGUUAACCCCAACUAGUAUAUCUAAGUCCUUUUGUUUAAUCAGUCAGUGAUAAACUGCUUGUUUUGGUACACAGUAAAACUCGCAUAUUCAGGUUCAGGUGGACCAGCGAAUUUUGUCCCAUUAUAUGUAUGUAACGGAUUAGUUACAGUCAGCAGGCCAGAACUAUCUAUGAGGAAUCCCCAGCACCAAUUAGGCUUACGUAUUUCCUUGAUUAUCAGCCUGACCUUGAAUAGGGGCCCGUCUCAUUUAAUGACUGGGUCAAAACUUUGAGGAAAAAUAAAUGCCUGCCUUAAAUAAGUGCCAGGCAUUAUUUGCAUUAAAAAGAUAGCAUUUGGUCGAGCAACGUCCCCCCCACCAAAUCUGUUGUGGAGUGGUACCUUAAAAUGCUAAAGCCUGAUUUAUACUUGUGCAGCUCUGUAACUCUGUGGCCAUGGAAUGACAACGCGCGCGUGACCCUUUUUAAAGUUCUCUGUUGCAUCUUUAUUCGUUUUACAGCAGGAACAGGCGUUUUUCUGGAUUAAAUUGUCCCUCAAUGAGCUCCACUUCUUUAUGCAAUCAUCAACCUCCAAACCAAUGACAUGGUACAUACAAUUUCCCUCCAUGAAUUGCAGGUGAUUUGGGUGUCUUUUCUGACCCCUUGUUGUAAAGUUGGUCAUAUUUACAGACGUUUCUGCCAAACGUAUUUGAUCCAUGACCGAAAUGUAAUCAGCAUGCACACUGCAAAAACUAUUAAAAUAUGGUGGAGAGGAAGAAGUGGAAACAUAAAAGUAACAAAUCGCAUCCUUUUGGCAGUAUCCAUCAUUUAGCAGGUGUGCAUCGGACUCUGGAGAGCCAUGCAGAGGGCUCUGAUCUAAAGCAGUUUGGUUUGUCACACCCAGGGAUACUUAACACCAUAUUAUAAUGCAGGCAACAAGCAGCAUUUUGUUAAUAAUCGCUGGCCUUGAAUUACGCCCUGCCUCGUUUUGGACCCGGGUCUGAGCACAGUUUGAAAAAAUAAACAGCCAGGCUUUUAAUCAAGGAAACACGGUACCCACUUUCCUUGAAUCAGAGAGCGUCUGUGCUGAACCUCAUUUCGUAGCUCUGUUACUGGGCACAACCAGACUGCUCUGUCCGGUACACGUGAGUGGUUUUAAUGAAAAUGCAUUGCGAUCGGACAGGACGUUUUGUCCAAAGUUAGCGAAAAUCUGUUAUACAAAAUCCAUUAUAUGCGGUGUUUAUUAAAUGGAAAACCAUACAAAGGCAUUGGGACUUUUGUUUUUGUCCGUGAGUGUGAAUAUCCGGUUUACACGAUGACUGUUUAGGUGUGUUUUACUGUACAUCCAUGUAAGAUGCAGUGAGUAAACUGUGUUUCAGGCGGCUACAGAUCAGAAGCACACCGCUGGAAGAAAAAAGUACACCAUUAUUUGUUAAAGAGUGCACAUCAGUUAUAGUUCAAUUUAUAUAGUGAUGAUGAGUGAGACGCUGCUUAACACAAGUUGUUGAUAUCAGCAGUUUAAUUUUACUGUUCCAACAUUCUGUAUAACCAUUUUAUUAGUGUUCAAAGGUCUAUAUAAGGUUCAUUUUGUCACUAAAUACAGUCUGCACCUGUUCAGGAAACAGCAAAGUCCAGAUUUUUGUA